CUCAAUCCCGCACUUAUAAUAUGUGCAUGAAACAGAUCAUCUCAAAUUGACGACAUAUCAGCCCGAGAAACAGGGAAAUUAACACCAUGCCGCUCCGCCUCGCAAUCCUCGAGGCCGACACCCCGGUGCCAGCUGCCAACGAGCGCUACAAAGGCUACCUCGGCGUGUUCCGCCACCUCUUCGCCCGUGCCGUCGCCCCGGCCGCGCUCGAGUCGGUGCUCACCCUGACCGGUCACGACGUGGUGCACAACCCGUCCUCGGCCUACCCGGACCUGGACGAGGUCGAUGCCAUCCUGAUCACUGGCUCCAAGUACAACGCGUUCGACAACGACGACUGGAUCGUGACCCUCGUCGAGUACGUGCGCAAGGCGCUCCUGCGGCAAGACCGCCCGGUCAAGGUGGUCGGCGUCUGCUUCGGCCACCAGAUUGUGGCGCGCGCACUGGGGGCGUUGGUGGCGCGCAACGACAAGGGGUGGGAGGUCAGCGUGGUGGAGACAACUCUGACGGAGAAGGGGAAGGAGUUGUUUGGGGGACGCGAGACGCUGAAAAUCCAACAGAUGCACCGUGACCAGGUCUUCGGUGUGCCCCCGGGUGCCGAGCUGCUGGCUUCGACCGAGAAGUGCGGGAAUCAGGGCUUCAUUAUCCCCGGGCGUGUCAUCACUGUCCAGGGACAUCCAGAAUUCACCGAGGAUAUCAUGGAUGAGCUCCUCGAGCUACGACACCAAUCGGGACUGUUCACGGACGAGUUGUACCAGAGCGGCAAGACACGGAACGGCGACCACCACGACGGUGUCUUCGUGGCCCAGGUGUUUGUCAAGUUCCUUCAGGGGCAAUAACACAAGAAUCGUCGUUUGGUUGUUUCCUAAGCCGUCCUGCGCAAUGUGAUCGGUCACCGCCAAGCCGACGAUCGCAGACAAUCAGGUUUUCCGAGUCCGCCGAGUACGAUCGACGACACGCUGCCUCCCGCGCGAUAUAUUCCCCGAAGAGCCCCUGAACACUAACUGAAGUUCGUCCCUCGCAGCACGUUAGACAAUAUGGAGUACUGUA